CCAUGCAGUCCAAACGCGAGUGUGAGCAAUGGUGUGAGAGGGUGAAUCCAGAAAACAAGGCGGCCCUGGAGGCGUGGGUCAGGGAGACGGGCAUCCGCCUGGUGCAGGUGAACGGGCAGAGGAAGUAUGGCGGGCCACCUCCAGGCUGGGUGGGCAGCCCGCCGCCCGCAGGGUCCGAGGUAUUUAUCGGAAGGCUGCCCCAGGAUGUGUAUGAGCACCAGCUGAUCCCGCUGUUCCAGCGCGUGGGCCGUCUCUACGAGUUCCGUCUCAUGAUGACCUUCAGCGGCCUCAAUCGCGGCUUCGCCUACGCGCGCUACAGCUCGCGGCGCGGUGCCCAGGCCGCCAUCGCCACGCUGCACAACCACCUCCUGCGGCCCUCCUGCCCGCUGCUGGUGUGCCGCAGCACGGAGAAGUGCGAGCUGAGCGUGGAUGGGCUGCCGUCGAGUGUGACCCGCCGCGCGCUGCUGCUGGCACUGCAGCCUCUGGGCCCCGGCCUCCAGGAAGCACUGCUGCUGCCCAGUCCAGGGUCGACAGCAACUCAAAUUGCGCUGCUCAAGUUCAGUUCCCAUCGCGCAGCCGCCAUGGCCAAAAAGGCCUUAGUGGAAGGGCAGUCACGCCUCUGUGGAGAACCAGUGACUGUGGAGUGGCUCAAGCCAGACCUGAAGCAGCUACUGCGUCCCCAGCUCAUGAGUCCCUCCCUGCAGCGCCUACAGCCAAAUAGUAGUCAACUGGCCCUGGCUAAGAACAAGCUGGGGUCCCAAGGGCCUCGAGCUGCCCUGCAGAUGCUGUGCCAACGAAUGAAGCUAGGCAGCCCAGUGUUCCUCACCAAGUGUUUGGACACAGGACCUGCUGGCUGGCAUCGCUUCUGGUACCAAGUAGUGAUCCCUGGGCAUCCAGUGCCUUUCAGUGGCCUCAUCUGGGUUGUGCUGACUCCAGAUGGGCAGGAUGGUCAUGAAGUGGCCAAGGAUGCUGUUUCUACACAGCUGCUAGAAGCACUGAGUGAGUCUGAGGCCAGCUUCUUGUGGUCUGGUGGGGCUGAGGCGGGUACUAUAUUGAAGCAGUAACAUCCCUCUCUCCCCUCCACAGGCAGCCUAAAUGGGUAGGCAGAGCCUAUGUCAACACCCAGCCCAGCAGGCCUGGGCAACCACUUCUGAUCCCAAAAUGGGGAGGGACAUGGGCCCUGCAUCGCAUCUUCCUCACUGGAACAUAGCCCCAUACCUGGCAGCUGCUCAGGUUUAGCUUAAGUUGCAAGGUUUGUCUUUACCCUGUGCGCUUCCUUGGCCAUUUCCUAUGUGACAUGCUUAUAAUGAAUCUUUCUGUUUUUAUGUGAGGAACUAGCCAAGUCCUUGGUCUCUACUGCUUGUCAUUAUGGUUUUAGUUAAUAUGGCUUGAGUUUUUCUAUGUUGUUAUCUGUAUUUAUAUUAAACCCCUGGUUAGUAAACAUGUUUCUGUGCUGUCUUCUCAGAGUUGAGGGUUUUAUACGGGUGGAGUGUGCAUCUGUUACAGAACAAUUGCUUCCCCACUUCAGUAUCCCAAA